UGGCAAGAACAGUUCAGCCUCUGCUCUGUUUGCUCCACGAAUUAACAGAUGUGCUUGGUUUGAAAAGGCAUACGUUUCUUGAUGGGAAGAAAAUUCUUGUUCAGUUUUUCACUUCUGUUUUUAUGUACGGUGUUUUCAGUCACUUUGGACCAGAUACUUGCCUGGAAGAAUGUAGGUUCGCAAGCCUCUUCAAGUAAAGGAGUGAUUAUACGGAGUGAUCAAAAGCAUAGCGGAGAGGUGAAACCAGUCCAGAAUUUCACAACACCACCCAUCACACAGACUUUCAACGACAAUCUGAGCAAAAGCCAUUGGAGCGUCUACAGUCAUCAUAAUCCUGUUAAGUUCUCCAGGGAUGGCGUUCCCUGCAUCCUCUUCUGGACCAAGAGAAUCACAGUGAAAUUUAAGAAUCAGACCUGGCUGGACCUCACAGAUGAAGCACCUGGUCCAAACACAACAGUGGACACCGGCAACUCAAACUGCAGUGAGGAAAGCGCCAUGUUGUCUUUGAAGUUUGGGGAUGCUGAAAAGCCCAAGGAUCUUGACAUCAGGCUCACCCUAACCAAUUACAACAAGCUGUCCAGCCAGAGUUGGUUUAGUUUACACCGAGUCGAGAUCAUCUUCAACAAUUCGGUGCAAGCAUCUUUCAAUGCAACUGGCAUAUAUGCUCUGUCAAGUUACUCCUACCGCUGCCAACGAGUCAGCAGCCUGCGGCGGAAUGACGCUCUCCUGUUGCUUAGCAGCCCCGAGGAUGUGGCAAGCCUGUGGGAGGUCACGUUUAUUGAUUUCCAGAUCCAAGGCUUCUCCAUCCAGGGGACACACUUUGCCCAGGCCCGAGACUGCGGCUCUUCCUUCUCUCCUGCUGUUCUCAUUGGCCUGGCCAUGUCUCUGAUUCUGUUGCUGGUGCUGGCCUACGCCCUGCACAUGCUCAUCUACCUGCGCCAUCUGGACGGUCACUACGAGUUCAUCACGUCUCCUGCCCACCUCCCACCUCUGAGGGAGCUAGACACAGGGGAGGAGAAGGAGCUGCUGGGGAGCCAGGGAGCUGAAUGCUACGAGCUGAGGAGCCAACAGAUCUGCAAAAUCUAUAUUUAGCAGCACGAGGCUCUGUCUCCUCACCAGGGCCGCAACCAGGCCUGAAGGACGGUGUUCUCUUCUGUGCUGUCUGACUUGUGAAUUGUUUGAUUAAAAAAAAAAAAGGAGAAACAUUGGCAACUCGUUAGUUGGUUUUUAGCAUCUAUUGGUUUUGAUAGGUUGAUCUGGGGCAGUGCGAAACUACCUCAAGGUACCCCACAGGGUCUGACCAGCAGGACUGAUGCCUUAAGCAUGAUAAAGAGAGAGAGAAAGAAAGGCGGCAUGAUGGCUAGUUUUAUAUCAACUUGAUACAAGCUAUAGUCAUUGAGAGGAGGAACCUCAACUGAGAAAAUGCCUCCCUAAGACUGAGCUGUAGGCAAGCGGGUAGAACAUUUUCUUAAUUAGUGAUUGACGAGGGAGGGCCCAGCCCACGGUGGGUGGUGCCAUCCCUGGGCGGAUGAUCUGGGUUCUAUAAGAAAGCAGGUUGAGCAAGUCAGGAUGAGCAAGCCAGUAAGCAACACCCCUCCAUGGCCUCUGCAUCAGCUCCUGCCUUUCGGCUCUGGCCCUGCUUGAGUUCCUGUCCUGACUUCCUUUGGGGAUGAAUAGUGAUGUGGAAGCAUAAGCCAAACAAGCCCUUUCUUCCCCACGUUGCUUUGGUCACGGUGUUUCCUCACAGCAGUAGAAAUCCUGACAAAAGAGCUGGGGGAGGGAGAGAGGCAGCAGAAGUUCAGAUCCUUAAGUGUUCUGUAACAAUUUACAUUUUCCCCCAGGAAUUACAUUGCAGUUUCAUUUAAAAAAACAGUCUUUCUUUUUCUCCCUUUCCCAGACCUGCUUCUGGAAAGCUGCCGUCAGUCUGUGGCAGAGCAAACACUGUACCCUGGCGUCAGUCUGUGGCAGAGCACCGUUAUGUCAAGGGCUCUGUCAUUCAGAAGCAGCAGGGCCUCAGCUGUGUGGUAGGGGCGACAGUCAUGCCCUUUCCGUUUGGCUGUGAGCCCAGGCUGGCCUCAUUUGGGUGUGGCAGACUUCUGUAGGCCAUCGAGCGCAUCCUUGAAAUGAGUAGCAGAAGAUGAACACUGUGCAUGCUGUGCAGAUGCUGCCGCAGAAGGAGCCCCUCUUAUCCCCACCCACUGGGAGUGUCUCCUAAACUCUCGCUUAGAGGAAAUUCUGGAGCUGCCACCAUGUUCUUCCUCCCACUUUUCCUCCUCAUGGAUCCCCCCGCAAUCAUUUUCAGUUCUCAGAAGGUCUGAACACUGAAGAUUGGUUCAUUCCCCGUCUCUUCAAAGCAGGAACAUGCUUGCCUUGUAACAGAGCUGACAUUGCAUUUUCCUCUCCAGAUUGUGCAAAUCACCUACCUUUACAAAGAAUACCCUCCACCAAACUCAAAGUGCACACAAAGGAAUGGAAUUUGGGAGGCUGUGGUGAUGGGUCCGCUCUCCAGUUCCACCUUAGAUGAUGAGCAGUGGGUGAUGAGCCUUGACAUUUCUGAUAUAGCAUUUCUUUUGGCUGCAUCAUUAGUAGCUGAAUGUAGGGUGGGUCCUAAUGCUGUCAAAGUCUGGAGGAUAAAAAUACUCCACAUAAAGUUCCUUUUGUUUGACUA